CUCUGAUCACAGCCCACGAGUUGCUUUUAUUUCUUCUUCAUUUUCUUCGUUGGUCGCCACCAUCACCAUCAACAGCUCCUCGUUGAAAUUCCAAAAAUUGCAGAACAGCAAAAAAGAAAAAAGAAGAUCAGUUAUAUUCAAGAAUCAGCAGAUAUAAUGCCGUCGGCGAUUGCUCAGAUGUCGUGUUUCUCUUCCACAAUUAGCAGCCGUCUAUUGCCGUACAAAUCCAGAUCGUACUCGCUCCCUGCCGGCUUUCGUUCCGUAAAGGUGCUAAAUGUUAUGAGUAGUGAUGGACAUAGCUUGAAUGUAUCCAAUUUGGAAAAAAAUGAAUUAAAGUCACAUAGUGGAACUUCAAGAGAAUCAGAGCCUCUCACAGAAGGUUCUGUAAUUGGAGCAUCAAAUGGGCACACAUCGGAGGUACUCAUCAGCCAGCCUAAAAGGGCAGCUAAGAUUCACGAUUUUUGUUUUGGAAUCCCCUUUGGUGGACUUGUGCUAAGUGGUGGACUACUUGGCUUUAUUUUCACAAGAAACCCUGUUUCUUUAAGGACCGGUUUGCUCUACGGAGGUGCUUUGCUGGCACUUAGCACUAUUAGUUUGAAGGUCUGGAGACAAGGAAAAUCCAGCUUACCAUUUAUAUUGGGUCAAGCAGGUGAUUAUUCUUUUUUCUUUUUUUUUUUUCCUGUUCUGAAAAUAUAUUUUAUGUUCCGAGUCUCUGACAAUGCAGUACUGUCAAUCGCCCUACUUCGGAAGAAUUUUGAAGCCUAUUCAUUGACAAAAAAGCUCUUCCCAACGGGCUUUAGUAUUGUCAUCAGUGCUGCAAUGCUCACCUUCUAUUCCUACGUGGUGUUAUCCGGUGGUAAUCCUCCACCAAAGAAGCUAAAGUCAUCAGAAUCUGUCGAGUCAUCAUAGGCUUUCGGAAUGUGNUUUCGGAAUUACAUAAAGUAUGUGUCUGAAAUCUGAAUUACAGUUUGUGGAAACACCACAUGUUGUGCCCAUAUAUAUAUAUACUCUCUUUAGGAGUUGUGUUAAGAAAAUUGUAAUUUAUUAUUCUUAUUACCAAUCAUGAUUUU